AUGGCAAAACCACUUGAAGAUGGCGAUUUUGGGGACGUUAUUCACGUGAACGGUCCAGUUGUGACGGUGGAUGAAAUUGGACCCGUCCUGGGUGAAUACACCUGCUGGAGUGCGGCGGAACACAAAAUCUCAUCGACAUUUUUACUACAAGAGCUUGACGUUCAUCACAGCCUGGAAUCUCUGAAAUGUGAGGCAAGGUCUUACGAUUGUUUUUUCACGUGCGCCUGGCGUGACAGCGGAUAUGACAGCGCGCGUCUUUAUCUGGGCCGUGACUGCGAGUCUUGUCCAUGGGUGAACGGUAACGUGAUGAAGGAUGGCAGUUUCCAGUUUGACUUGUUUCACUCUCUCUCACCUUACGCUGAGGAGACGACGAUGAUGGAGCUAACUGUCGAAGCCCUUCAUAACUUCUCUAUCCUGAAACGAACCAAACGAUUUUACCUCCGAGACAUAAUCAAACCAGACAGUCCCCGUAUCGCCGGAUAUCUACCAGUUCAACAAGAGUUAAACGUGACUAUUGAACCUCCCAGCACCUGGUCGAGCCCUCACAGCUUCUUCAGUUUGGAGAAUGAAAUCGAGUACGUCUUGAAGGAUAACGGCGAGAUCAGAAAAUCACCGUCUGCCCUGAUCCCAAGAAAGAUCAGCAAGUUCCGCGUCCGCUGCAGAGACUCGUACGCGCUCUCAGCCUGGAGUCACUGGACACCGUGGAAAAAUGUGAAAAAAGGAAAAGGGACAAAGAAAAACAGUAAAUGUUCUCCUGGUAAAAAAUGUAAGCGUCAUUACCACAAACAACACAAAUACACAAAGUCAUAA